GGGAGAAGAAGAGGAAAAGAAGGCGGAGGAAACUUUAAGCCACUUUUCCUCACAACCAUUGAACUUUAUGGAGGCGGCAGUCGUGGAAAAUGAUCUCCUCUGUGGUCUUUGCUCUCCUGAUUCAAGCGCUUUUUGGAGAUUUGUGUUCUGCCAUAAACGUCACCAUCAGCCCUUCCCCCUUCAUGGUGGCCCAGGAGGGCCAAAACAUCACACUCAAAUGCGUCGUGUCCCAACGACGCCGCAACGCCGCUUUACCCGUAGUGAAGUGGACCUUCCUGCCAGCGGGGUCAGAUAGGCUGGAUGAUGAACUCCUCAUCGCUCGCGUCAACAUGAGAAAGGCCCGUUUCUAUGGGAACUACACCAAGAGCUUCUCGAGGCCAAAGAUGAAGCUGACGGUGGUGAAGCAGGGGAAGAUCUUUGACUUGCUGAUUUUAAACGUGUCGGAGGAUGACCGAGGUCUCUACAUAUGUCGGGUUCAGGAGUUUAAAAAGCACCAGGAUCGCUGGAAGGCCUCGUCCAACUGCACAGCUACAACUGAACUCAGAGUACAUUUGUUUCCGGCCACCGAGGCCAAGGAAAGCUUGUGGAGCUUGUUUGAAGAUGUUUACCUUUGUGCCGGGCUGAUUUGCUCAGUGGGCCUGCUGUGCAUGUGUAUGUUCACAGUGACGGUAACCUGCCAGUACAUACAGAGGAAGCGGCGGUUAAAAGAUAAUUACCACCUGGUCAAAAGCUCACAAAAUAGCUCAGGAGAAACCGUCACAAGUGUGGUCAGCGUAUCUCCUGCUCUGCCAAAGAAGGAGAGAAGAUACAAGAAGAAAAAGAGCAAACAUUACCAAGAGGAUAUCCCACCAGAGAUACCUGCAAAAGUUCCCAUUGGAGACAAAAGGAAACCAAAACUUUUAAAGCCACAACCAAGGAAACUAGUUCUGCCGAAGAUAGUGGAGGAAAAUCUGACCUACGCAGAACUGGAUCUGGUGAAGCCCAUCCCAGACGCAAAGGCGUCGCGCAAUGGCACGGUCUACGCGCAGAUUCUUUUCGGAGAACAGCAGUUAUGAAGAUGCAAACUCCAUUCCUAAAUGUGCUUUUAAGUUAUGUGAAUAGGGUUGUUUAUUUAUAGUCUGUGGUUGUUGUAUUCUAAUAAAUACACAUGUAAAUUGUACAUAUAGUUUUUAUACAAACUUUGACUGCCUUCACAAGCGAUGAUGGUGAAGUCCAAGAUUUACUGCAAGACCACCAAACUGGUUGGAAUUUCAGAAAUGUUAUUUGUGCACUUUUUAUGUGUGUGUGUCAUAGAUGUGUAGGGCUAGCGUAGGGUUGUUAGCUCCCUGAAAAACAAAUGAGGGACACGGAAUAAAAUAGCAGAAUUCACAGAGUCUAUUGUAAAUCCCUAGUGGUAUAAUGUUAUGUGCCUCUGCCUACCCCAAAACAGUCAAAUUAAAUUUUGGUUUGAGCCUAUUAGUAUACUAUGGAGUGCCGAAUGUGAAAGUUUAGUCACACCUUUGUAGCAUAUAUAUUUCUCAGAUUUAACUUACUUUUCUCAGAUUUAGCUAAGUUUCAUCACAUUUAAGUUUAAAUUAAAUGUUGAUGUUAUAUCUAAAUGUUAAAUCUAAACCUAUAUGUUAAAGGCCUACUGAAACCCACUACUACCGACCACGCAGUCUGAUAGUUUAUAUAUCAAUGAUGACAUCUUAACAUUGCAACACAUGCCAAUACGACCGGGUUAACUUAUAAAGUGCAAUUUUAAAUUCCCCGCCACACUUCCGGUUGAAAACGUCUAGAUAUGAUGACGUAUGCGCGUGACGGAAUCAGUUGAUACGGAAGUAUUGGUACCCCAUUGAAUACAAUACAAAAAAGCUCUGUUUUCAUUUCAAAAUUCCACAGUAUUCUGGACAUCUGUGUUGACAGACAGACAGACAGCAGCUUUAUUUGUCCAUUCUUAACAUGUACAAGACACAUAAGAACUGAAAUUACAUUUUCGGCACAAUCCCGCUAAGAGCAGACACAGGGAGACAAGACGGGACCGCCAACGGAUCAGCCACUUACGGCGCUCCUUAAAAAGGUGGGAAAAAGGUGACAUUGGGAAAGGGGGAAGAGUAAAAAAAAUAUCAGUCUGAGGCUGGACCCUCAGGAGUGGUCCAGACUGAGUCCGAGAAAAAAACCUCACAUAGCAUGGCACACAUAAACAUGGUACAUGUAAUCACAACAACUCGCAACAGAGGAGGGGAGAUUUAGGACCCUGGAGGCCGUCUGCCGCUAUUAAAGCGCUGCUCAGCCCCCACAACCUCGGAGGAAUUAAGCAGUGGUGAAGGCGUUGAUUUGGGGAGGGGCGUGUGCGUGCAUGUAUGCCCAAUUAACUUGGGUGGGAUGUUGAAAUUGUCUUUAUGGACUGAGGCCGAUCUCAAGAGUUCAAGAGUUCGACCCAGGUGCUUUUUGAAAAAAAGGAAGGUCAAAAGCGUCCAUCUUUGAGGAGUCCUCAGGGGAGUUUUCAAACAGCCAGUUCCUCAAGGCCAUUCGAGGGAGUCAAAUCGUAGAUUAAGAUGUUGUUUUUUCUUCGAGCAGUCAAAACAAUGACAUUCCUGCUCUGUGUGCUGGCUUCGACAAUUCCAAUUUAUUCUUUCUCUGCGAACUUCAUCAAGAUGGCAUCCAUUUUGCGAUUCAAAUCAGCAAUCGCUCCCGUCUGUGAUCCCACAGCACGACCCAAUCCUUCCAUUGCGUUGAACAGCCUGUUGGCCCCUUGAGUGGCUGCCAUCGUCUUCCGAAUUUGACGAUACACCAGAGCAAUGCCCAGCCCAAUCAGCAAAUGCCCUGCGAUCACAGCUCCAAAUAGGUAGAUGUCUUCCACGUCCUCGAUGGAAAGGACUGAGAGGCACAUGAUUCUCCAAGUAUUCCAGGAAUCUCUCACGUACCCCGCAGCAAUGGUUCCAUCAGGGCAGCCAGGCUCCCCCGAACCUCUUUUCCUUGUCGAAAAGACUGUCAAUUGCGUCGAGAGUCCAGUUGAUCAAAUUCAUUUUGAUGUCUAGAUUUGAGGACAGCUCAAGAAAAGCGGCUUCAAAAAAGUUCAGACAAGACAAGGACACAAGAGAGCAAGCAGGGAAGGAGGAGCAGGGAAAAAUGCGACCACCCUCACCAAGAGGCAAGACAGAAAGCAUCACCAACACAUCUGUGUUGUUGAAUCUUUUGCAAUUUUUUUAAUGAACAAUGGAGACUGCAAAGAAGAAAGUUGUAUGUGGGAUUGGUGUAUUAGCGGCGGACUACAGCAACACAGCCAGGUGGACAGAGAUGGAUAGCAGACGCGCUAGCCGCCGAA